GGAGGCAUCUUUGAGCUUGCUGAGUAGACACCAUGAGCAAAGCUCACCCUCCUGAGUUGAAAAAAUUUAUGGACAAGAAAUUAUCAUUGAAAUUAAAUGGUGGCAGACAUGUUCAAGGAAUAUUACAGGGGUUCGAUCCAUUUAUCAAUCUUGUGAUAGAUGAAUGUGUGGAGAUGGCAACUAGUGGGCAACAGAACAAUAUUGGAAUGGUGGUAAUACGAGGAAAUAGUAUCAUCAUGUUAGAAGCCUUAGAACGAGUAUAAACAACGGAUGUGUUCAUCAGAAGAAUUAACUGCUUCCACAUGUCCCCUCUCCAUAGUACCUGUUUUACUACAAUAUAAAAAUCAGAUUGUGUGCGUU